AUGCCUUCCCUCAUUACCCUUACCUCGGCCCUCCUAGCCACGGCUAGCCUCAUCAAUGUCGCAUCCGCCGCGGCCGAGGCCAGGCUGCUCAUGGGGGUCUGCUUCCCCCUCCCCGGCUCGUUCCCCAUGACCAACACUGGUACCGCCAUGGUCGGCGAGGUUUUCAUGCACGCCGUCGGCACCGGCACCUACAUUGACGACUUGUUGCCGCGCUGGGGAAGCAUCCAGAUGCAGCAGCGCGGUGUCCUGCCUUGGGAAGUGCUGGGGAUCUACAACAAGACAGGCAUUGCGUACUCCCCCAUUAGCUGCUACGACGACGUCGGCCUGAGCAACCGCGUCGGCGAGCAGACUCCGUACCGCGUCAACACGGGGCGGGGCAGCAACAUCGAGGCCGGAUCCAAAACGGGCCUGAUGCUGGAGCCGUAUGCGUACUACGUGGAUGGAGAGCGGCAGCCCGGCGUGUACAUGGGCGCGGCGGGCGUGGUUCGCUGGGCGUGGUCGCAGGGGACUACCGCGGGGGGCAAUUUGCUGUGGACGCCGCGGCUGAUGGUGGUGACGGAUGGGGAUCCCCAGGCGGGUGAGCUGAAGGAUGGGGAGGUGGCCGGUUUUCUGGUUGCGAAGCAGGCUGUCUGA